AUGAAAUCAGAAAUAAAAGGUUUCAAUAUACUACCUGUUAAAAUACCCAAUACUAAAUCAACUCAAUACAUAUUUUUUAAAAAACAUGAUACUAAAAAUAAUUCAUCGUCAUCAUCAUCAGAUAAUAGAUCUUUAUUUCUUUGUAAUUUACCAAUACUAAGUGAUUUACAAACCAUUAAAAAAUACUUUCAAUCAGUUGCGUUAGGAUCAACUAUUGAAUCAUAUGUUGAAUCAUACAUCACAACAAGUACAGAGGAUAUAUGGCUAGAUUUAAGUAAAUUAACAUCUGAAUUAGAUGUUAGUAAUGUUGAUUCAGUUGGUAGUAAAUUGCCAAAAAAUUGUGCUAUAUUAACAUUCAUUGAUAAAUCAUCAUUUCAAUUAGCAUUUAACUCAUUAAAAAAGUUAUCGACAAAUUUUACAGAAUCAAUAUGGCCAAUGAAAGAAAUUACAUCAAAUUUUUAUAUAAAACAAUAUCAAGAUCAAAUAAAUAAUAAAGAAGCAUUAUCUGAACAAGUGUCACAAGCACUAAUAGAUUUUGAUAAAGCAGAAAAAGAAAGUAUAGAUAAUUUACAUAAUCAAUCGAAUUUAGUUGAUGAAGAUGGAUUUACAUUAGUUGUUGGAUCACAUAGAAAAACAAAAGCAGGUAUAUUAGGUAAACAAAGAAUAGCAAAUACUAUUGAAAAUGAAAAAGCUAAAACUAAAUUAAAAAAGAAAGAAAAACAAGAUUUUUAUAGAUUUCAAUUAAGACAAAAGAAGAAGGAGGAAAUGAAUGAUUUAUUAAGUAAAUUUAGAGCUGAUCAAGAAAAAGUUAAAUUGAUGAAAGAAAAGAAAAGAUUUAGACCCUAUUGA